GUCAGGUUUUAUCUGAAUCGGCUCUCCAGUUAGAAGGAAACUUGGUUUUUCCUCACGGUCUGUUGUUUUCCUGCCGCGGCUCUAAUUUUAGAAGCCAUUACUCAGACCGCUCUGCUUCCUCUUACUCCGUACUCCACCCGUCAUCUCUUCAUCCACCUGUGAUUCAGAUCGGCGUGUGCGGGGAAGCUCGGCGUCACGUGGCCCCGCCCCUCCUCUCGGACGGGAAGCGGCGGCCGUGUCCGCCUCGCUCGGGAACUUUCCGUGUGUGUCACGCUUCCUCUGUCGUUUGGACGGGGACGGGGGAUUCGGGUCGGCAGGAAAGGUUUCCGGACCGUCCUCCGCUGACCCCCUUUCCUGGAGGCCUGACGAAACCAUGCAGUUCUCCCGUUGGUCCACUAGUUGGUGUUGCUUGUUUUGGCACCAGAGCCGUUCCUCUCCACAGCUGGUGUUCUGAAAGGAUUCGAGGUCCUCAGAGUGAGGGUGGUGUUGGGAGGACGCCUCUGGAGCCUGCUGGAGGCCGUGUGGAGGCGGAGUCCGAUGCAGCGGACGGCGGCGUCUCGUAAGCUGGAGCAGCAGCUGGACGGCGUGUUCGGCCAGUACUCGGUGCGCUGCAUCCUGGACCAGGACGUCCUGCUGCAGGAGGACGUGGAGCUCAUCGAGCUGCUGGAUCCCGGCCUGCUCACCCUGGGCUCCUCGCCGUCUGGCUCGCACGGCCGGGCGAGCGCCCUGCCCAGACCCGGGCUCAUCGCCCGGCCCUCCGUCUGGGACGUGGCGGGCCUGGUGGGCCUGGCCGCGGCGCUGCUGGGGCUCUGCUCCGCCCCGGGGGGCCCGUGGCCGCUGGCCGCCGCCCCCUGGGCCCUGGCCCUGCUGGGCUGGCUGGGCCUGCGGGGGGUGGCGCUGUGGAGGCUGGGCCGCCUGCAGCGGGACGUCCACGCCCGCACGGCGCAGCUCCAGUCCCUGGUUCACAACGGCAAGACCCUGACCGGGUUGUCCCGCAAGGCGCUGCGCCUGGUGCAGGAGACCGAGGUCAUCUCCAGAGGCUUCACCCUUUUGCUCGACAGGGUGUGUGCGGCCAGCUCCUUUAGCAGGGCGGGCCCGGCGGCGGUGCCGCGCGGCCAGCAGCUCAUGGGACUGAGGAAGGCCCUGUACCGGGCGCUGCGCUCCGCCUUCCGGGCCUCGCGGCGGGCCACCUGUCACAUGCUCAAGGCGUUCCCCCUGAACGCCGAGAUCGACAACGUCACCAACUACGUGUCCGCCGUGCCGCUGAAGGAGCUGGGACUGGGCCUGGGAAUCGAACACCUGGGAGACGAGCAGGCCCAGGAGCUGACGGACGACUACAGCCUGCCGGCCCUGAAGAUGUUGUUCCAGCUGUGGGUGGGGCAGAGCUCUGAAUGUUUCCGUCGCCUGGCUCUCCUCCUGUCGCCUCAGCGGAUGGAGGAGCAGGAGGACGCCGCCCCCAAAGCCUCCACCCCCUCCUCCUCGUCUCAGCAGCCUCCUGCUCCGCCGCCCCCGCUGCACCGCUCCAUCGCCGCGGUGACCGAGCCCCUCCACCACGCCCUGGCCGCCUGCCUGGGCGAGGUGCAGCGCAGCUACGACUUCCACCGCCACUUCGAGACGCAGCCGAGGGCGGCGGGCGGCGACGGGGCGGGCCGGGCCCGGGAGAAGUGCCGCGAGCUCAACACGCUGCACACCUCCAUCCGGAGCCUGCAGCUCCACCUCAAGGCCCUGCUCAGCGAGAUGAUCAUCCUGGAGGACGACCUGGAGAAGCUGAUGGUGUCCAGGGAGCCGACGGAGCUGACGCCGGAGAGCUACCAGGACCUGAGCGACCGCCUGCACCACCUGCAGCCGCACAUGCAGGCCAGCGCGGGCUGCUGGGAGGACACCGUCUGCCAGGUGGAGCGCAUGCUGAGGCGGGCCGGCGCCUCCCCGGGUGGAGCCGAGGGUCCGGAGCAGCGCGACCCGUCUCCACCCGACGUCCCGGCUCCGCCUCCGUCCUUCCCCCUGAUCCUGGACAGAGACCCGGUUCCCGAGGAGCUGGAGUGGGAGGCCUACGUGUCGGACUCGGACUCGGACGGCGGGGGCGGGGCGUCGUGGGCCGACUCGCUGUCCCCGGAGGAGCGGGAGCGGCAGCGCCGGGAGAGGGAGGAGUCCCGCCGCGUCCUGUCGGAGCUGAAGGCCGUCCUGGGCUUCCGGGCAUCGGAGGGCGAGAGGAUGAAGAGGAAGCAGCUGCUCUUCAACGACCAAGCUGCCGUCACUCCUUCGCUCCACCCAGACCCGGCGGACGGCUCGGCAGAACCCGGAGGAGGACGCCGCCUCUCAGAGGAGGGCGGGGCUAUGACCGACCUCGAGCCCGACCCCGACCCCCCCGAGGACCCGGUGACCGAGUUCAGCUGCGGCGUGGAGGGCGGGGAGCAGGCGGGGGCGUGCGGCAGGGGCGGGGGCGGAGCGUCCGAGCUGCACCAGUACGACGGCGUCCCGGAGGACGGCGGCGGCGGCGAGGGGAGCCAGAACGGGCUGGACUGCUUCCUGAAGGCCCGGGCGCCCGCCGUCUCCCUGAUGGACAGACUGACGGAGAUCCACGGCGCCGAGACUCUCAGCUUCAGCUCCGCCCUCGCCGCGCAGGUCGCCGCUCGCUCGCACGCACUCGCCAAGAUGGAGGAGCAGACGUUCGGGGACGAGGAAGAGGAGGAGGAGGAGGAAGAGGGUGCGGACGGGCGGAGCAAUCAGGAAGCGUAGACUGAUCAGCUCUUUGAAGCCAAAAUGCUUGAAAGAUUUUGGUUUCUUUGAUCUUCACAUCUGAAGCUUCACCUGCACGACGCAGCCUCUGGUUUGGUUUGGUUUGGUUUUCACGUCACGCCCGUUCACCGUCCGUCCCCGUCACUCCUGAACUCUUGCCGUUAAAACUCAGGUACCAGAACCACCGAGACCACCUUGACAGAACGUCCCAGAACCUGGACACCGCUCAUCCGCGUUCACCCAGACUCGUCCAGAAGACGGUUCCAUGAUUGUAGUGACGACUUCCUGUCUGGAGGAAGAUCCUCUAAAGUUCACUGGACUGUUUGUGUUCAUUGAGAGGCGGGAACUGGGAUCAUUACCAGUUGAGCAGGUCUCAUUUCCCAGUUCACGAGUCACAUAAACGGUUUAUUUCAGCUUCACUACAUCGGAACUCAUGACAUUAGACACUUUCUGAUUCUUCAUCAUGUCUCAGAGAUAAAACAUUCAACCCGUCAGGAGAGGAAGAGGAAGAUGAGAGGAAGAACUGGUCUUUCAGUUUCAUCGGAGAUCCAGACGUGGAUUAAUAAAACCAUUAGAGUCCAUGUGUAGCCGUGUGAAGCGACGUGAGCCGUGGUCACUAUGAGGCGACAGCAGCUUCAUUUCAAUCAUUUUUAAAGAAAUUCCUCCAGCAGGAGGGUCAAACUCUUCACUGCUUUGAUUAAAUUAUACAGUUUUCUACCUGAGUUUAUCAGAUAAGAAUUAAAAUGAUAGAAUAUUGAACUGCAAACAGCAUAUUUAAAGAAUUUUGCAAGUAUUUAAAGUUACAGCUGGAGAAGAUUCUGCUCUUUAUUGCCUUUAAAUCCCAACAACUUGUUUACAGUGAGAAACAUCUGGAAGUCUGUUCUAGAAGAAAUCCUUCUUAAGAGGUUGAAUGUGACGAAUAAAUAGAAUAAUGUGAAGGUUUAGCUGUGUUAGCAGUGUCACAGUGAAUAAACACGGGGGGGCAGAUCCUGUUUCAUGUCCGUCCACCUGCACCGCCGCUCACCUGGGACUCAGCCCGGGCCUUCUACAUGCGACGGGUUCAACCUCGGUCUCACUGAAGGUGGUGUUGGAGCCCACUGAGCGCACAAAUCUGGACGUGCCGAAGUGUAAGAACACACUCACAACUCUCUUUACAGACGCACGAACACGAGAAUGGCGCCUCACAGACAAUCCCUGGUUUCUCUGUGUGUUUACAGCAGGACGGUCUGUGCCCGGUUCAACAUGUUGUGAUUUUAAUGAACUGCUGUGAUGAUAAAUAAAUGAAAAAAAAAAAAAAAAAAUCAGACAAAACUUCAUGUUUCCUAUGAAGCCUGACAGCCC